GUCCAUCGUCACCCUCCUUCCUUCCCCAGCCUCUCAUCCUAUGCAAGAACCCAUAAUCCAGACCCACGAACUCGCAGCAGCCAUUAGCGUGCGCUAGCCGGCCGCAGCCAUGGCCGCCCCCGCAACGACCUCUCUACUGAGCACCCUGCUGAAUCUGCCGCUCGCCCCGUUGUCGGGGAAGAGCUCGCCGCCGUCCGUGGUGCAUGUGGCGCGGCGGGGGCCGAUGGUGGUGGUGGCCGCCAAGGGGUACAAUGUGCAGAUCCUGGUGGACGAGAACGAGGGGGAGGAGUCCAUCUUCCGGCGGUUCCGGCGGGAGGUGAUGCGGGCCGGCGUGCUGCAGGAGAUCAAGCGCCGUCGGAGGUAUGAGAGCAAGACGGACGAGAAGAAGCGCAAGGCGCGCGAGGCCGGGCGCCGCAACCGCCGCAGGCGUAUGAUGGAUGAGCCGAGGUUCCCAGAAGAAGACGCCGACGCUACCGCAAAGGCUCGGGACGAGGACGAUGACAACUGGGAGAUCGAUGGCAUCCUGUGAAAGAGAAGCAACGGAGUCCAUGAUUUCACAACGUCCAGACACACAGACCCCGACAGCUAAUCUGAGUUCUUUUUGGCCCCCGGUGAGACGCAAACCGUAUGAGUUUUGGCCGUGCCCAUUUCCGCUUUGAAUGGUUACAGUUGCGAUGUACAACUAAUUAAAUGUUAGC